AUGAGUACACCCUUGCUCACGGAUUUUCCGGAGCUUUCUCAUCUAUCCCGCGAAGACCUUGAAGAACUCCUAGAGGAUCCAACCUACUUCCAAGCGAUUUUCCAUUCCCUACAACGCGUCAAGGAUCUGUACAAUCAACAGGCAGAACUGGGCUCUGCAAACGAGUCGAUCGCCAAGAACAAUCUCGCUCUCCAGCAACCGCUCUACAAACUCCGGGAAGAAACUCAAGCGGCGUUUGACGAAGCUAAAGCGCUGGAGAAACGAUGGCUGGAACUCGAGAAGGAGCAGCGUGAAGUCUACCAGAGAUUUACACCACAAUUCCUCCUCAUGCGCCUCAAGCACAGUAUCACCGCACAGGACGACGCUUCAGAGGCCUUAGCCUCCUCGUUUGUCCAGCAACUUCCCGACCUUCCUUCGUUGGAUCGGGACGGCGGGGGAAGCAAGCAAGCCAGGGGCGGUCAAGAAGUCGACCAAUUCAUUAAGGAGUUCAAAGAAGCGCGGAAGAUAUACCACAAGCGAGCUCUUUGGGCUGAGAAAUGGAGUCAGGGACAGGACAUGUUCUACUACUGCCUGUGUCCUCAACACAACUCUAUCCUCCGGCUCCUUGUCGGAACCAGUGCCGAUCCUCAGCCCACCUCGCCAUCCUAG